GUGUCGAUCAGUAGUAGGAGCUUAACAUGGACAGCUAAGUAGUAUCUGGUUCAUAUGAAUCAAAGGCUAACGCUUUUGCAUGUCGUUGUUUAACUUGGAUAUUUGGGAGAACCUAGAGGUAGUCGGCAACCAUUUUUUAGACCAAGGAGUUUCGUCUCUUGCAAAUAUUUCGCUGUUUGGUUGGUCUUUUGUGUGUCUGUGUAACACUAGCUUGUUAGCUAGCUAACGUUAAACGUCAGGUACUACUCUGCUAGCGCAGCUUUGCAUUGGAUUUGUUAGCUUGUUUGACAGAUACAGUAGCUUAAGUCAACCAAGUUGCUAUCCAGAGCGAAUACGGUACCGUUUUGUUGGGCGUGUGUGUGAGUUUAUUUAUGCUACAUAUCAUAGUGUGACUCAACUGUAGCUGAAUGUUUGGUGAUAGAAAUAUCAGCAGCUACAGCUAGCAGAUUGCUAGCUUGUCAACAUCAACAACAAUGGGCUAUAAAAGGUAUUUAAAGACGGCAAGAACGUUUUAUUUUGUCUCCAUUCUGCUGAUAGUCUUCGUCAAAGGAAUAACAGCUGAUGAAGCGCAACACGGGAAUGACGGACCAGAGCUAAAGUCUUACCAUGACCCAGACUCUGAAGAGGAAGACAUCCGUCUGGCAUCAGGAAUUGUGGCUGGUGCGUCUGUGACCUCUGGUCAUGAAGUCUCCCAGCCAGAAGAGGAGAAACAGUCACUUGGGGAAGUACUGGAGGGAGAGGAGAAGGAGGACCUGCCUGAGCAGCCUCCUCCAGUUGAGGAGAAACCUAAAGAGGUUCCUGUGGUGAAUGGAGGUACAGCCCAUGGAGAGCCCUGCAUCUUCCCCUUCCUUUUCCAGGGAACGGAGUACUUGGACUGUACCACUGAUGGACGGGGGGAUAGACGGCUGUGGUGUGCCACAAUCUACGACUAUGACCGGGAGAAGAAGUGGGGUUUCUGUGAGACGGAGGAGCAGGCACAGCAGAGACUGCAGGCAGAGGAGGCUGAGGAGCAGUAUCAGACUGUCCUGCGCAUGCUCAAUGCCACCACCAGGAGGACCCAGAAGAAAGAAUUAUACGAAAAGCUGCUGAAAGUAGCAGAGGAAGGCCACCAGAAAGCCAUGGAGAAGGUGGCGUACGCCAUGCUGUUUGGAGAUUACAUGAGCCAAAACGUCACCAAGGCCAAAGGAAUGUUUGAGAAGCUUGCCAUAGAGGGCUCGCCAAAAGCUCAGACGGCUCUUGGCUUUCUGUACGCAGCAGGACUUGGAGUUAACUCGAGUCAGGCUAAGGCCUUGGUUUACUACACUUUUGGCGCACUGGGUGGAAACUUGGUGGCUCAUAUGAUUCUGGGAUACAGAUACUGGGGAGGUGUGGGUGUUCCCCAGAGCUGUGAGUCAGCACUAACACACUACAGGCUUGUGGCAAAUCAAGUGGCCAGUGACGUGUCCCUGACAGGGGGCUCAGCGGUGCAGAGGAUCAGGCUGCUGGAUGAGGUGGAGAACCCCGGCUCUACCAGUGGGAUGUUAGAGGAGGACUUGAUCCAGUACUAUCAGUUUUUAGCUGAGAAAGGAGAUGUUCAGGCUCAGGUGGGAUUAGGUCAGCUACACCUGCAUGGAGGACGUGGAGUAGAACAGAAUCAUCAGAGGGCGUAUGACUACUUCACCCAGGCUGCAAAUGCAGGGAAUACACACGCUAUGGCUUUCCUCGGCAAGAUGUACUCAGAAGGCAGCGAGUAUCUCCCUCAGAACAACGAGACAGCCCUGCAGUACUUUAAGAAGGCCUCCGACUUGGGUAAUCCAGUGGGACAGAGUGGCCUGGGCAUGGCCUACCUAUAUGGAAGAGGUGUCCCAGUGAACUACGAACUGGCACUGAAAUACUUCCAGAAGGCAGCAGAGCAGGGCUGGGUAGACGGACAACUCCAGCUGGGCACCAUGUAUUACAAUGGCAUCGGUGUGAAGCGUGACUACAAGCAGGCACUUAAAUUCUUCAACCUGGCCUCACAGGCGGGCCACAUCCUGGCCUUCUACAACUUAGCCCAGAUGCAUGCUACUGGUACCGGCGUGAUGCGCUCCUGCCACACUGCUGUGGAGCUUUUCAAGAACGUGUGUGAACGUGGUCGCUGGUCGGAGCGUCUCAUGAUGGCAUACGGCAGCUUUAAGGAGGGUGAGACGGAUGCUGCGCUGGUUCAGUAUCUGCUGCUGGCUGAGCAGGGCUACGAGGUGGCCCAGAGCAACGUGGCCUUCAUUCUGGACCAGAAAGGAGUGAGGAUCUUCACUGAGAAUGAGACAUACCCUCGUGCUUUGCUCCACUGGACAAGAGCUGCGGCACAAGGUUACACUGUGGCAAGGAUCAAAUUGGGGGACUACCACUACUACGGCUACGGGACAGAUGUGGACUACGAGACUGCCGUCAUCCACUACAGGCUGGCAUCAGAGCAGCAGCACAGUGCCCAGGCCAUGUUUAACCUGGGUUACAUGCACGAGAAAGGCCUGGGCAUCAAACAGGAUGUCCAUUUAGCCAAACGUUUCUACGAUAUGGCCGCUGAAGCCAGUCCCGAUGCCCAGGUCCCAGUUUUCAUGGCCCUGUGCAAGCUGGGCCUAAUUUACACCCUGCAGUACCUGCAGGAUCUUAAUUUAAAGGAGCUGAUUUAUCAGGUGGACCUGGACCAGAUUUUGGGCCCGGAGUGGGACCUCUACCUCAUGACCGUCAUCGCCCUGCUGUUGGGCACAGUCAUCGCCUACAGGCAGCGCCAGCACCAAAUCAUAGUUCCCCCUCGCCCACCUGUCCCUGCCCCAGCGCCACCUCCCAGUCCCCCUCAGGAACAGUCACAAGCCCAGGCCGAGCCACAGGACCAGGGAGACACGCAAGCCCAGGGCCCGGCGCAGGAGGAAGAGGAGCAGCAGUGAGAGGAAGCCAGACGGAGCGAGGGCAGUGAAAGACAGUCGAGAGGCUCUGCCAGCCCGCCCCGUGGAACAGCUGGUGCUUACUAGCUGAAUAACCUGCUAGUCUGAGCACCUACUCCCACUCCACAUGCUAAAAGAAGAAGAUGACUGCUGAACUGUGCAGUCCCACAACUCCCUUUCUCCAUUUAAAAUAUGCUGGUCCUGUGCUGAAGAAAGACAGUGGGAGUGUUUAUGGACAAUGCUACAGAACAGAGCGUUUAGAGAGGAAAACACAGACUUGGGACUUGCUAGGCUGUGACUCAGGAUACUGCCAGAAGAAGCACCUGUGUCCUCACAUUAGGAAAAGCCUUGUGGUUGCCAGAUCAAAGGCAUUUUGGACUUGACCAAUCAACAUAGUUGGAAACUAAAAUGUGCAUUAGUUUCUUCUUACUUUCCCACUUUGAGAAAAUCACACUCGGUGGAACUGCCUCAAUCCUAAUUUAGUAGAAGAAGAAAAAAUCAGGCAGGAAAAUGUGACUUCAAAUAAUUUUUAUUUGCUAGUUGGUAAAGAAAGUUUUGCAUGUUUUUUUUUUUUCUAAACAUUUUGAUUUUAAUUUUAGACACCCUUUUUCCGAUACUUGAGUGAACCCUUUUUUCAUUAAUCAGUUAUUUGUUUAGUUCUGUCGGGUCAUUAACUUUUCAUACCUGCAAUUCACUGAGAAAGAAUAAUUCAUGUUCAUUAGUUACCGUGCUAAAAUGUUCUAAAGCCAUGUUGUCAUUAGUAUGAGAAGCAGAAACCUGUUGAGCAGUUUACUUUAAUGGAUAGAAAAGCUGUACUGGGAUGGAUCAUUUAUUUUUGAGCACACAGGUUGAUGUGUGUUACGUUUCCAACAUGGCAGACACAAAGAAUGAAAAGCUGCUGAGGUCACUAAGCUGUCACCAAAUCCUCAUCCCUGAUGCAGAUCCUGUUUGAUCAUUCAGACAGAUUUCACUCUCCAAUCAUAGUGAAAUCACACAGCAUCUAAAAAAAAAAAGCAAAUGUCAGAGGGAUAUUUAUGAUGUAUACAGUGAAAGGAAGCGGAGAACAGUUUUUUAAGAUGUCCUGUACGUCGGCGCAAUAUUUUUCCAUCAACAGGCUUUGAUUUUCUUCUAGUGGUCGGUAGCCCAACAUCCGCCUUUAAAAGAAUAAAUGAAAUAAAAAAAAGUUUAUUAAGCCUCGACUUGCUGGGGCAGAAAUUGGAGCAGCCUUAAAUAUAGCUGCGCCUCAAACUGGAUUGUUUCUACUUUAGAGGAAGUGAAUAAUUUGUUUUCUUUUUCUGCGUUUGGUUACACAACUUGUGAGAAUUUCCACCCCCUCACCAAAAGUUCAAGUUGGAGCUCUGCCUACACUUCUCAGCUCAGAUGGACCCAAAUCUGAGAAAUGAAGAAAUAAUUAUUUUUUCUUUCUCUUAAGUCCAUUUGUUCAGUUCCACAGUAUGUGCUUGUUGUUAGAAUUAUUGAGAAUUAUCUGCCAAUACGUCUGCAUGAAGUGUAUGAAGUCAUAAAGGGACGAUGAGAAAGGAUUCCGAACACCGAUACCACACACAACUCCCAAUUUCUCUAAAAAUGAAACACUGGUCAAGAUUGUCGAGAAGACUGCAUUUUUACCAUCGCAAAUACAAGUUUAUAAAGAAAUUAAUAAAUGAUAUAUGGAUA